UUCCACCUGACCCGACACCCGACCGAUUAGCCAUCCGUAUCUCCACCUGGUACAACAAACAACUAAAGAAAAUUCACAAUUAAAAACUUUCCAUAACUAAAAAACAGAGAAAAAUGGUAUCUCCACCUUUAUGCUCUUCAACUUCCAAACCUUUCUUCUCAUUCUCCUCAGUGGUGCGAUCCUCUACAGUCGGGCGUAGAAUUCCCAUAGUAGGCGCCAUUUGUGUGCUUACUUUAGGCCUCUCUAAUUUCUACUCUUCUCCUUUCAAGACCGGCUUUACUCAUUCUCUGUCCUCUUUCCCUCUUCUUCGAUCAAAACAACAAUCUCGAAGCUUUCGCUCUACUACAGCAAUGGCGGCAGCGAGUAGCACUACUGUUCCGAGUAUUGUUGUUUAUGUCACUGUUCCUAAUAAAGAAGCAGGAAAGAAGCUUGCAGAAAGCAUAGUUAAAGAGAGACUCGCAGCUUGUGUAAAUCGUGUUCCAGGUAUUGAGUCGGUUUACGAGUGGAAAGGAGAGAUACAGACAGAUUCAGAGGAGCUACUUAUAAUUAAGACUAGGGAAUCACUCUUAGAUACUCUAACUGAGCAUGUCAAGGCCAACCAUGAGUACGAAGUACCUGAAGUUAUAGCUAUGCCUAUAGUGGGUGGAAAUGCCCCAUAUCUCGAGUGGCUCAAGAACAGCACAAGGGACUGAGUCUUAGCAUCGGUGGUGAAACAAUAAAUUACGAAUGUAUUUUUCGCUUGUUAAAUGGAAAGUUCCUUGUUGGCGCUCUUUAGUCACUUUAUUUUCUACGUUUCUCUAUGUGGAUUACAAAAAUGAUUGGGAAAAUUGAGAUUUAUAAAUUUAUCUA